AUGCAUCCUUCGUUUAAUAGCCCGUCCAGAAGACACAAUCCUUUUUCCCGGAGCUCUCCUUCACCUUCCCCAGCUCCUCCAGAUGCGGCCCCCAGAGUGUCCGGCCGACCAAAGUCAGUUACGUUCACAUCACCUGUGCAGACGUAUGCGUCGGGGCAUGUACGAAAUGGCUCCUUAACUCCAUUAAAUCCUACUCCUAUCAACGGCAUAAACAGACAACGAUCCAACUCAGCACGACACACCUCCGAAUCCUCAAACACCUUUGCUCCAAAGUUCAUAAAAUCAGAAGAGCUACGGAGAGGGGCCGAUCAGAUUAGGGGCGAAGAAGGUGAUAAUGAUUUUUCCGGGAAAAGAUAUGUGUGGCUUAAAGAUCCCGAACGAGCGUUCAUCCGGGGCGCUGUUCUUCGAGAAACAGAGGGUGGCCUCCUGGUCGUGCAAUGUGACGAUGGGCGCCAGGUUGAAGUUGACCCAGAGGGCGUUGAUAAAGUUAACCCUCCAAAGUUCGAUAAGGCCGACGACAUGGCUGAGCUUACCCAUUUAAAUGAGGGCUCUGUUAUUCAUAAUCUACACACCCGGUACCAGGCUGACUUGAUUUACACUUACUCUGGACUUUUCUUGGUGACCGUGAAUCCGUACUGUCCUUUGCCUAUAUACUCCAAUGAAUAUGUCAAAAUGUAUAAAGGACAAAGCCGAGAAGACACACGACCACAUAUAUUUGCAAUGGCAGAUGAAGCCUUUCGCAAUCUUGUAGAAGAGGGCGAGAACCAGAGCAUCCUUGUUACUGGUGAAUCUGGUGCUGGAAAGACAGAGAACACAAAGAAGGUUAUUCAGUACCUGGCUGCUGUUGCGCCCGGUGAUGCCCAGGGAAAGCCGUCAUCUAAACAACUUGGGGAUCUCUCGCAACAAAUAUUGAGAGCUAAUCCUAUACUUGAAGCAUUCGGAAAUGCCCAGACGGUUCGCAAUAACAAUUCGUCACGGUUCGGAAAGUUCAUUCGUAUAGAGUUCUCUCGCACCGGCCAGAUAUGUGGAGCCUUCAUUGAUUGGUACUUGCUUGAAAAGUCCCGAGUUGUCAAGCUCAAUUCCCAGGAACGAAGUUAUCACAUCUUUUAUCAGCUACUCCAUGGAGCCAGCAAAGAGUUGCGUGAGCAGCUGCACCUCUCAAAUCUCGAUAUCCAGGACUUUGCAUACACUAAAGACGGAAAUGAUACCAUAGCAGGUGUCUCUGACGAGGAUGAGUGGGACACUCUCGUCGAAGCCUUUGAUACGAUGAAGUUUGAAGAAGAGGACCAGCUUGCGAUAUUGCGCACAAUUGCUGCAGUUCUACAUCUGGGAAACAUCACGGUUGGCAAGGAGAGUCUACGGGCAGACCAAGCUAAGCUCACUCAAGAUGAUACUGAGAGUGUCAUGCAUGCUUGUCAUCUCCUAGGAAUACCUCUCGAGCCUUUUGUCAAGGGAUUGCUUCACCCUCGAGUGAAGGCUGGGCGAGAAUGGGUUGAAAAGGUCCAGACACCCGAGCAAGUCCGUUUCGCGAUAGAUUCUCUUGCAAAGGGUAUAUAUGAACGAGGAUUUGGAGACCUAGUCAACAGGAUCAAUCACCAGUUGGACCGUAGCAGAAUCAGCUGCGAAGAGACCUACUUCAUCGGCGUCCUUGACAUUGCAGGUUUUGAAAUUUUUGGAACAAAUAGCUUUGAACAACUCUGCAUCAAUUACACCAACGAAAAAUUGCAACAAUUUUUCAACCACCAUAUGUUUGUUCUGGAACAGGAGGAAUACUCUAGAGAGCAAAUUGAAUGGCAAUUCAUCGAUUUCGGGAAAGACCUUCAACCAACAAUCGACCUUAUUGAGUUGUCGAAUCCGAUCGGUAUAUUUUCAUGCCUUGACGAGGAUUCGGUGAUGCCAAAGGCUACAGACAAAACAUUUACUGAAAAACUUCAUUCUUUAUGGGACCGAAAGUCUCCAAAAUAUCGGGCCUCACGACUCAGCCAAGGUUUCAUUCUCACUCACUAUGCUGCAGAGGUAGAAUAUAACACGGAGAAUUGGCUGGAAAAAAACAAGGAUCCCCUCAAUGACAACGUAACACGGCUGUUGUCCAAGUCAAAUGACCCGCAUAUUGCUAACUUAUUCGCUGAUUAUGCUGAGGAUGUAUCCAAUGGAACCCGGAGUGUUGUCAAAAAGGGUCUUUUCCGAACUGUCGCUCAGAGACAUAAGGAGCAGCUAUCAAGCUUAAUGGCUCAGCUACAUUCAACUCAUCCCCAUUUCGUUCGCUGCAUCUUGCCAAAUAACAAGAAACGACCAAAACUCUUCAAUGGGCCACUUGUUUUGGACCAACUACGAUGUAAUGGUGUACUUGAAGGUAUUAGAAUUGCUCGAACUGGCUUCCCUAAUCGGUUAACGUUCAAUGAAUUCCGCCAAAGAUACGAAGUUCUGUGCCGUGGUAUGCCCAAGGGCUACUUGGACGGGCAGAUGGCUGUGACAUAUAUGGUCGACAAGCUGGGUCUUGACAAGUCAUUAUUCAGAAUCGGGUUGACAAAAAUAUUUUUCAGGGCUGGGGUAUUAGCAGAGUUGGAAGAGCAACGUGAUACCCUGAUUCGUGAGAUCAUGAGGCAAUUCCAGUCGUUGGCUCGUGGCUUUAUUCAAAGACAUAUUGCAAACAAACGACUAUACCGCACAGAGGCUACUCGAAUCAUCCAGCGCAACUUUCACCUCUAUCUUAACUUGAAAUCAUCCCCAUGGUGGAGAUUGUUCGCAACAAUGAAGCCACUUCUUGGAGAGACUCGUACAGCCGGAGAAGUCAAGAAGCGUGACGAGAAAAUCCAGCAGCUUGAAGCGAAGGCUCAACAAGACAUAGCUGAAAGACAGAGAAUAGAAGACGAAAGGCGCAAGAUAGAAACCGAAAUGCAGAGAAUCAGGAAAACUCUUGAAAGUGAACGUUCCCUUGCAUUAGACAAGGAAGAGAUAUUCAAACGGUUGCAACUCAGAGAAGUUGAACUGAGCGAGAAACUGGCUGGGGCAAUCGCUGAUCAGGAAAGCCUAGAAGAUCAACUAGACGAACUGAUUGCAGCAAAGAAAAAAAUAGAACACGAACUAGACCUACGAAGAGGUCAACUUGAACAGGCUGCGCAGAUAAUGGAGAGGCUUGAGGGUGAAAAGAAGGAGCUGCAGGAGCGCAUUUCGGAUAUGGAGAAACAGCUGAAAUCCGUCGAAUCAACACACGGCGAGUACGAUGAGAAGAUCGGGGCCCUGAACCAGGAGAUCAAUACCCUCAACAGUCACCUGGCUAUGAAGGACAAGAAACUUCAGGACUUGGAAGCAAAGCUUUUGUCUUCCGACCAACAACUCGACCUCGAAUUAGCAAACACCACCAAAGAGUUAGAAGGGUCUAAAAAGCAAAUUAAGCAAUUGCUUGAGGAAAACCGUGAAAUUCAAAGGCAGAUUGCGGAUUUGUCAUCGACCUCGACGGGUUAUGAGGAAUUAGUCCGACGUAAGGAGGGCGAGGUCGCAAUUCUCAAAGCUGAUUUGAAAAAGCAUGAGUUCGAAAAACGAAGCCUCGAAACAGAAAAAAGGGGGUUAUCGGAUCGACAUGAUGAUAUGCAGCGAAGAAUACGUGACCUACAGGCCGAAAUAGACACCACGAAGCUCGAAAAGGCGAACUUUGAACGCGAGGCGCUUGACGCUAGGAAGCUCCUUGAAGAGAAGCUAUCUGAAGAUGCGGAAUCAGCUCAGGGUAGGAAGAUGCUUGACAAGCAGGUCCAAGAUCUCAAGACCCAACUAUAUCAGACCCAAGCAGAGCUCAGUCGAGUACAGCAGUCGAGAGAUGAUGUUCAGAUGCUCUCAGAACACAAGUUUGCACAACUGAAAGAGGAGUUUGAUAUUCUCAAUGAAGCCAAGAUUACUAUCGAGAAAGAGAUGUAUAUCCAGCAGGAUACUCUUCGCAGGGCAAAGGAAGCUCGAGCCGCUGCAGAAGAAUCUCGCAAGCAACUCCAGGGAGAAGUCAUCAAACUGCGGGACCGAAUUACAAAAAUCGAGGAAUCUCGCCUGAAUGCAGAGAACACCUUUGCAAACAAGAUGACUGCGCAGGCAACUGAGAGGCUGGCUAAACUUCAGGCCGAGCUAAACGAAAAAUCGAAGGCACUCAAUGAUGCCGAGGCAGGACAUGCCCGCCUGAGCUCUCAAGUUCAAAACCUGAGUAACCUGAUUGCAAAGUCUGAAAAUUUCCGCACCGAGAAUGAUCAACACAAGGAACGGCUAGAGCGAGAACUCGUUACUGUUAAGGGCAGACUCGCCGCGUCUGAAAAUGAUAACAGGGCUCUUUUGAACAAAGUCCAGCAAAAGAACCUCGAUAUCGCACGGUCUAAUUCAAGGGCUGGUGAUACCCAAAGAGCUCGGUUGGCGCAGCUUCAAACUGAAAAAUCUCGCCUGGAAGAAUCAAAUAAACAACUUACUCGCCAACUUGGAGAUGCUCAGCUAUCGAUAACUUCGCUCGAGAAGCAAAAGGAGAAACUUGCUUUGAGUGCAGAGGACCUGAACCACGAAGUCGCACGCGAACACAAAGCUAGCCGUAAUGCAGAAAAGACUGCUGCCACGGCACAGUUACAAUUAGCAGAAGCAAACAGAAAUCUCGAGACGGAACGGCAGCUUAGAACCCAGGCACAGGCAAAUACCAAGAAGCUCCAGGCAUCAAUGGAUCGGAUGAACUCGGAACUAGAAGAUUGUCAUCAGCAACUUAUAUUGCUCCACAAAGUAUUCGAUCCUAAUGACACAUCGCCAACCGAGAAAUCAUGGGAGACAAUAAAGCCGGACCUGUCCAAAAAGGUUGAUAUGGCUGCUCUGUUAGAGACUGCCCACAAUGACCUUCGGAUCAGUGAAGAAAAGACGUUCGAGGGCUGA